UUCAUGCUUUAACUUUUUCGUUUCCCUUAGUAAAAUCCAAAUAAUUAAUUAAUUAAUUAUCGUUUCUCAAUAUAUCCAAAAAUCCUGCACUGCUCCGCACCUCCACCAUUAGAAUCACCUUGUUCCUGAGUUUUGCUUAAUUUCCAAAAAAUUUCCCUCCACUCUUCAAUCAUAUGCAGAUAUGGCGGACAGUGUUGUGAGUUUCCUCGUAGCGAACUUGACUCAGCUGCUUGCAAAAGAAUCAGAGUUACUUGGUGGGCUGGAGGAUAAAGUCAGGAUUCUUCACGACGAGCUGGGAAUGAUCAACAUCUUCCUCCAAAGAACUGAGGGGAAACGAGAUGACAGCUACAUCAAAGAGGUAGCAAGCCAAAUCAGGGAAGUUGCCUAUGAGAUUGAGGAUGUUUUCGAUACAUUCAUCAUGACGGCCACAAAGCACAAGAAAAGAAGCAAGCUGAGGAAGCUAGUCUAUUGCUUUGACCAAAUAACCACGCUUCACGAGGAGCAAGUAAGACAGAGAGCAUCAAGAAAGUCAUCACAGACAUUUACGGCAAUAGGAAGUAUGACAUUAUUGAAAUAGCAGCUCAAUCAGGAGGAGAUGCAGUAGCGGAGGACAUAUUGCACAAGCGUAGGAGAUAUGUCAAGGAAGAUGAAGUGGUGGGCUUCAGUCAUGACACGCAGAAAUUGCUGAAGCAGCUUCUUGAAGGAGGUUUGCAACGUGAUGUCAUUUCAAUCAUCGGUAUGGGUGGCUUGGGUAAGACCACUCUUGCCAGGAAGAUCUAUAACAACAAUUACGUUGAGAAUCAUUUUGAUUUGCGUAUCUGGGUUUAUGUCUCUGAAGAAUACAGAACUAGAGAGUUGUUGCUGGAAAUUUUAAAAGGUGUGAAGCCAAUGCCAAAGGUGAAAAAAUUUAUGUUGAAAGCCGAGUUGAAAGAGGAGUUAUUCCAUGGUUUGGAACUUAAGUAUAACUUGAAUAAGAAUCAACUGAAAGUGGCACUGUUUGAAGACUUGCAAUGCAUGAAGGAAAAGGAUGAUGAAGAAUUCAGAAAUGUACUGUUGAUGAACGUGGAACUUAUAAAAGACAGCAAAUUCAAGAAAUCAUUGCAGGAUUUUGUGCAAAACAUUUAUAGAAAAAAUGGUGAGGGAUGGCUGGAUAUGGAUGAUGAUGAAUUGAAAAGCGUGCUGUCCAAUUGCUUGCAGGGUAAGAGGUAUCUGAUAGUCAUGGAUGACAUUUGGAAAACGGAUGUGUGGAAAGAGUUAAGGGUAGCCUUUCCUGACAACUUGAAAGGAAGUAGGAUAUUGAUCACAAGCCGUAUAAAAGAAGUGGCAGAACAUGCAAGUCGUAAUAUUCUUCCUUACUUUCUCCCAUAUCUUAAAAAAGAUGAAAGUUGGAAACUCUUAUCUAAGAAGGUGUUCCAAGGAGUUCCAUGUCCCCCGGAACUUGAAGCUCUAGGGAUACAAAUUGCUGAAAGUUGUAAUGGUUUGCCACUUGCAAUUGUGGUGUUGGGGGGUCUUUUCGCCAGUGAUAGGCCACAAACUGAAUGA